AUGGGGGAGAACCCACUGCCACCAGAAAGACUGUUGGGUGACUACGGAGGCGCAAAUGCACCAAUCAGAAGAUUAACAAUUGUCAACCAACCAGUGAAUGUGGCUAAUUUCCAGUUACACCCAACCACCGGUAUCAAAAAGAUCAUUGAAGCAAUUGCUGCUAAUGAGCACUUAGAGUUGUACGACAGAUGUGUAAGUAAACCAGAAGGGGUUAUCGAUUUGAAGCUGGAAACCAAUAAAAUCCGUAUAGAAGAUACUAUAGCUGCUGAAGUAGAGAAGAAGUUGAAGAGGGUGAAUAUAGUACUUGAGGAGACAACUGAAGAUGAAGAUCAAUUGAUCGAAGUGGAUAUUGAGAUCAAAGAAAAUGAAGUUGUGAGGGAAGAAUUGCUUGCACCAAAACAAGUGGUGAAAGAAAAAGUCACUGAACCUAAGACGGUCAUUAAGCUUCCCUUUCCCACCAGAAACAAGAAAAAGGGGCAACAUGAGAAAAACUUUGAGAAGUUCCCAGAGUUGUUCAAGAAGCUAGAAAUCAACAUUCCGCUUUUGGAAGCACUUGAACAAAUGCCUAUCUAUGCCAAGUUCAUGAAGGACAUCAUUUCUAAGAGGCGUAGCAUCGACGCUAACCCGAUUAUUCUAACCGAAACUUGUAAUGCUAUUUUGCAGGGUAUGAAGAUCCCAAUGAAGAAGAAAGAUCGAGGUGACGUCACUAUUCCUUGCACCAUUGGAGAUAUGUCAUUCAAAAAAGCUCUUAUUGAUAUAGGAGCCAGUGUGAGUCUCAUCGCGUUAUCCAUUUACAAGAAACUGGGUAUAAGGGUUGUGCAAGAUACCAGGAUGACAUUCCAAUUCUUCGAUCAUUCGGUUAAGAAACCUUAUGGUAUUGUUGAAGAUGUUUUAGUGGAAAUUGACAAGUUUGUAUUCCCGGUGGAUUUCGUGAUUCUAGAAAUGCCCGAGGAUGAAGAGAUUCCUCUCAUUCUUGGAAGACCCUUUUUAGAGAUGGGAAGAUGCUUGAUCAAAAUAGAGGAAGGUACUAUGACUUUGAAGGUUUAUGAUGAGUAA